CUCACCUAUUCUCUAAAUCCCAUUUUCACUGCAUCAAUGGAGGCUUCAAAUUCGUCGAUGAUCAACGAAGCAUACUGGCCGCUCCCUUAUCUCUACUCAUCUUUCACCUCCAUUUGGAUCGUUUUCGCUUCUUGCUGGAUCAUCAACACUUACAUUAAUCGCCAUUUUCAGGUGAACAGUUUACAAUGGACGCUUGCAUUAGUUCCUUGUGUUAAAUCUUUGCAGCUUGCCUUCUCAUUUCUCUUCUGGUAUUCGUGUUUCUAUUUCCAAACAUGCUCUCUAUGGAUGUCAUUUGGUGUAUAUGUAACUGGAUUGCUCUUUGAGACAGCUUCAAUUAUGUCGUUUUUACUUAUCGCGCAUGGCUACUGCAUAACUUCCGAGCGUCUUUCAGUACCUGAACGCCGAGCUAUGGCUGUAAUCGGUUGUAUAUACUAUCUGAUUCUUGUUGGUCACAGAGCUUCAAUACCAUACUUCUCAAUCCUUCUAAUGCUUGAUUAUUUGCUCAUAUUCUUUGUGAUAUUUAAUCAUAUAAAUCAGAACUUAUCACUCUUGAGGGAGCAGUUGAAUUAUAUAGAGGAUGAAGAUAUACAAGAAAUGCAUGAUGCUGUUUACACCAAAUACCUUAUGUUCAAGAAAUUCAAAGGUGCAAUGCAUAUUGUAGCUAUAGCAGAAAUUUCGAUCUUCAUCAACAUGGACAGUUCAGUUGAAAGCUAUUGGAUGAAGUUACUGGUUCGCGAAUGGGCCCAUUUCUGUAUUUUUCUGUAUAUUGGAUGGAUAUUCCGGUCACAAGAUUUGGCACCGCGAUUUUCGGUUAUGCCCACUCACAAGUCUAAAAGAGAGAGAGUUGUUCCUCCUAUUUACAGCAUUGAACUUGAUGCAGCGUCGUUUAAAGAUUUUAGUAGCCGGGAAUGGCAGAUUGGGGUGCCAACAUGUGACGACAGGAGCUCAAAUGACUCGAUUUUAGUAGUGAUUCAACAUCCUCAUGCAUCUAGGCCGGUUUUAACCAAGUCCGGAUCAGAAAUCUCUGCUACUGAAGCUAUAUCUUGUUUUAAACCUUGUGUAUAGUGCUUUGUUGUACAUGCGGUCCGUUUAUCAUAAUUCUGGCAUCAAAAUGAGUUAUGAUUUUGUCUUCAAAUCACAGAUAUACGUACACGAUUAUCGUAAAUAGUUAACAUUUUUUUAUGCGCUGAAA